AUGCUCGCCGGGGCCGUGUUGUGUGGGCUUUCGUCAAGUAGCAGCUGCCAGGCCCAGGAUGCUCAGCCAGCGAGCGCCGCAGCGAAGCGCUUCGACGAACUCGACGCCCGUUAUUGGAAGAUCGUCACCGCCCGACCGCGGGAGGGUACCGCGCUCGAGCGGUGGUAUCGACAUUGGGCCGACGCAGGACGCGCCGAGGAGUUAAUGGCCCGCGUAAACGACGCGGUGCAGGCCGAGCCGAACAACGCCCAGUUGCAAUUGCUGUGGGGUCUGCUGCUCCAGCGGCGUGGCGACUUCCCGGCCGCGCAGGCGGCGCUAAGCAUAGCGGCCGAAAUGGCAACCGACGAUUACUAUCCUCACUUCGCGCUCGGCAAGUUGGCGGCCCAGCGCGGCAAGCUGGACGAAGCUGCCGCCGCACUGCGUCGAGCGGCCGAAUUGAACCCACCGCAGUCGCAGUGGUUGGACAUUCACAAACAGUUAGGCCGCGUGCAGCUGCGCGGCGGUCAGCGGCACGAGGCGCUAGCCACCUGGGGCGAAGUUGCCGAGCAGUUCCCCGCCGACACCCCCGUAUUGCAAGAGCUGGCCGAACUGCUGGCAGCCGAAGGGCAGUACGAAGCGGCCAUCGAGCGGUGGCAACAAGUCGCCGCAAACGCCAAGACCGAUCGCAAUCUCGCAGUGGAGGCCGAGCGGAAGAUCGCCGGGCUCGAAGCCCAAGCUGGACGCCGCGACGAAGCGGUUGCACGGUUGGACAACUUACUCAAUCGCCUGGAACCCAACAGUUGGCUGGCGUCCGACGUGCGGCGGCAGAUCGAAUUGCUAUUCGUGCAGCGCGGCGAUCAUGCCGAGCUGAUUGCCUACUAUCGCCGCCGACUCAAAUCGCGGACCGAUGAUCUGAAAACCAUGCUCGCCCUCGCCGCGGCCCUGCAACAGGCUGGCGACGACAAUGAAGCGGUGGCGCUGCUGACGACAAUCGUCGAACGUUCGCCCGAGAACAACGACGCUCAGUGGCAACUCAUCCAGCUCCAAGCCGAACAGGGAAACUUCAACCCGGCCAUCGAGCAGGCGCGGGCGUUCAUCGUCGAUCAUCCUCGUGAUGUGGAAGCGAUUCGCAGGCUGGCCGAGCUUGAAGUUCAAGCUGCCAUUGCAGAAGAAGAUUCAUCUCUGUUCGCGAUUGCUGGCGAAACCUUCCGCAAGAUGGCCUCGGUUCGAGCGGACGAUCCGGCCCUGGCGCUUACCUCCGCCCAGGUGUGUGAAGCGGCUGCCCGUCAGGCCGAGUUAUACGCGGCAGAGAACCCAUUGUUCGAAGUGGCCGAGUCGCUUUAUCGCGAAGCCGUGCAACGAGCGCCAGAACGUGCAGAGUUCCACGAGCAGUUGGGGGCCUAUCUCCACCGGCAGGACGAUCCUCAGGGAGCACUCGAAGCCUGGAAACCAAUCGCCGCCGGUUCCCAAGACACGGCCGAGCGAUGUUUGCAACUGGCCGAGAUUCUCAAUCGCUAUGAAUUUCCCGCUGAGGCGAUUGCCGAACUGCGUCGAUCGCUGGAACACGACCCCUCGCAGACCAAGGCUCGUCAGCAACUCGCCCGCUGGUUAACAAACGGCAAAGCCUACGACGAUGCUCUGACUGAAAUUGAACACCUACAGCAAACAGCCACCUCGACCGAUGAACUCCAAGCAGCGCUCGAACUGCGGGUUGACGUCCUUCGGCUUGCACAUCGUGUAGAGUCAGCCAUUGCAGAAUUACAGAAACAAGUCACCGAGGGCGAGGCGGCUCUGGAGAAUCAUUGGUUGCUGGCGCUGUUGUGGCUUGAGAAUCGCCAACCGGAAGCGGCACUGGCCGAGAUUGAAGCCGCCUUAGCAAUUCAACCGCAAGACUCGACCUUGUUGAACACAGCGGCGGUACUGGCCGGCAAGGCUGAUAAGUCCGCUCGCGCCAUUGAGAUUUACGAGCAGCUAGCCACGCUCGAUCCGCAACGCACGACGGUGCAUCUCGCGCAGGCCGCGCGGGUUCACUUGAUGCACGGUGAGGGCGAGCAGGCUCGCACGGUGGCCGAACGGAUCGUGGCCGAACAUCCCACGAGCCCCAUGGGUUAUCGCCUGUUAGCCGAAGUGUCGGCAUUCUCCGGCUUGCCCGACGAGCGGCUGGCGGCGUUGCAACGGGCCGUCGAAGUGGCUCCCAGCGACGCAUCGGUGCAGAAGCAACUGGCCGAGUUGCUGGAGCGUCGCGGGCGAGACGAGGCCGCACUGGAGCACUAUCGACGCGCGUUCGAGUUGGUCGACUCACAUGUCGAACGCCUGCACCUUGUUUCUCUGUUGGUGCCCCUCGCACAACGCACCCGAAAUUACCCCCAGUUGCUCGAGUUUCUCCGUGAAUCGAAUCGUGGGCGAGGUUCGCCGCCGGAGGAAGCACUCCUCGUGGUCGAGGCCAUGCGGCAGGCUGGCGAGUUGCAAUUGGCGUUUCAGGAAACGCAAAGUCUGUUAUCCCAAGCAGGCGAGCAGCGCGAGGUGCUGGAGACUGCCGUGUUGUUGGCCGAGGCCCUCGGCAAUUUCGAAACGGCCGUUGAUUUGCAGCGACGCGUGGUGCGGUUGGAUCCGCAUCGACCGGCUCUGGAGAAGCUGGCCGAAUGUUCUCUGGCGGCGGGGGAUGAAGAGGCAGCCCGUAAUGCGUGGCAUCGCAUUGUGAGAGAACUGGAGGACCCCCAGGCGAUUUAUGACACGAUCGACAGCGAACUCCGACGUGGCGAGUUGAUCGCGUCUCAGUUGUUGCUCUCGGUGGCGCUUGAGGUGCGACCGAACGACUGGGGGUUGUUGCUAAGGGCCGCCCACGUGGCUUCGCUAGAAGGUGAUGAAUCCAAGGGAAUUCAGUAUUUAACCCGGGUGUUGGAUAUACCGUCAACCGAAGAGGCCACCGUGCACGUCCCACCCUUCAGUGGAGAAGUGUUUGACUUUAAUUUGAUUCAAAUCCCCACCGACAUUGCAGCCGAAGUGCCCGAAGUCGGCGAUUACCAGGUAGCGAAGCGAACCCUCGAGUUGCUGGCUCAACAGCGAUGGGUUACGAAUCUUGCGGUCCGACAAGAGAAGGAACUCUCGAAACGCAAGGCCGACCGGCAUCGGGCCGAAGCGUACGCCCGGGUGUUGCGUCAUCAGAGAGCCGAGCAACAACGAAAAGUAUCGAGUCAGUUCAUCGUGCCCGACAAUCUCGCUCACGCUAAGGUGGUUGCACUGUGCGGCCUGUGGGAGAUCGCUCGGGAGACCGGUGAGUUAGAUUUAUGGCUGCAAGCACAACGCAACGAGGCCAACGCUCACGUGCUGGCCCGACUUUCAGCGGUCGCGUUUGCAGACAAGCACUACGAGCAGGGGCGGCAACUGUUGGCAGACUCAAUCGAGAAAGAUCCCGAGAGCGCAAGUCCGCAUCUGUUGCGCUUAACGGCCUUCCAAGACGAUGCUUCGUUCACGUCGUUGUCCGCAGACAGCAAGUCCGAGGCGCUGGCCGACCUCGAGGCCAGCCAGAAGUGGAUUUCAAUACACCGCCCUGCCUGGGCCAUCGCAUUAGCUCCAUCGUACUGGAACGCGAUGAUAAGCAUGCAGGCCGGCGAACGUGUGCGGAGCGAGUUGCGGCUGGCCAUCGAGAAUGCAAACGAGAUCAAGCAACUUCCCCUGUUGGCGGUCUUGGCGACACGGCUCAGCGAUCUCGUGCUGCAACGGCAGGUGUUCGAAAAGGCCGUCGAGCUACCUUUAGGCGAAGUGAAUCAGGCCGAACAGAUCGAUGCCUUGCAACGGUUGCUCGAGCAGAAGUUCUUGUACUCCGACGACGAACAAUACGUGGCCGCUAUGAUCGCCACGAUGGGUCGCUAUCUCGAAGCGACGCAACCAACUGCGGAACUUCUCGAAACUUCAGAUCCCGGUGCGGCGACUGAGAACACUUCCACCGUGCCACCUCGGUUUCCCUGGGCAACUCCGUAUCUCGAUGCUCGGCGGCUGAAGGUCCUGUCGCACGUCUACCAGCAUUGUGAGGCUGCCAGUCGGGUGUUUGUGCUGCAAGACUACCUUCAAAGUCGCAUUGAGCAGGGUGAGGCGAUCGAUCGGCAGUGCUUCAUGUUGUCCCGAUCUUACGUGCAAUGGUGGUCCGGCGAACUCGGUGCAUCGCUCGACACCCUUCGCUCGUUAUCCGCUGCCUACCCUUCCGAGGCAGCUUUCCGUGUGAUCUUAUCGCAAGCGCUCGUGGCCGACGGCAGCCCUGAAUUGGCACUGGAGGUUUUAGACUCCUUACCUUCGCCAACCGUUGUCAUGGGCUACAGCACCGAUCGACUGAGAAGGCAACUCAUCGAUGAGAUUGGGCUGUUUAUGGAUGUCGAGCAUGCGCGGGUCUACGUCGUUGACGACGAGCCUGCCACUAGAGACUCGCUCACGGUCUUGCUUCGCUCGUAUGAGUUUGAAGCUAUCGGCUGUUCGUCGGGCGAGUCAUUUCUCCGGGAGUUUGACCACGCCUUGCCGGGCUGUGUGGUUGUCGAUUUGCGCAUGCCGGGCAUGAGCGGGGACCAGUUACAGCAGAGGAUGAAUUCCGAUGGGAUCAACGUCCCCAUUAUCUUCCUCACCGGGUACGCAGACGUUUCGACCACGGUGCAAGUCAUGCAGCAAGGCGCGGUCACGCUAUUAGAAAAGCCUUACCAGUCGAACGAACUGAUCGACGCGGUGCGAGAGGCGAUUCGCCGCGAUCGAGAAAUGUUUCGUCAACGGGCGUGGCAUCAGGACAUUGCCUCGAGGCUAAACAACCUCACCGUUGGUGAGGUGCAGGUGAUGAACCUGAUGUUGGAAGGAAAGCCCAACAAGGCGAUCGCUGCAACCCUAGACGUGAGCAUGCGUACGAUCGAUCGCCGCCGUCGUAGCGUUUUGGACAAGAUGCAGUCCGAAUCGGUGCCCGAGCUGGCACAACUCAUCACUGCUUACCGUCGCCAAGAGGUGGUCUUUGCUCGCGUGGCCCCUGAUUUUUUGCGUUCGAUUCGAAAAGGCGCCAGAAUGGGUGACACAGCGGGAGAAGUUGCCGCCAGUGAGAGCCGCGUCGGAAAGCAGAUCGAUAACUUCACACUCACGGACUACCGCGGGCAAGAGCGAUCGCUGGAUGACUGGAACGACGCGGAGUGUGUGGUGGUCGCCUUCCUGGGAACCGAAUGCCCGCUGGUGAAGCUCUAUGCCCCACGGCUUGCGCAUCUGGCCGAAACAUGGCAGGACCGCGGCGUGCAGUUCGUGGGAAUCAACUCCAACCGUCAAGAUUCCAUCACCGAGGUGGCCGCCUACGCAGGGCGACACGGGAUUCCGUUCCCGGUGCUGAAAGAUCCGGCCAAUCGCAUUGCCGAUUCUUUUGGGGCCGUGCGAACGCCCGAAGUGUUUGUGCUCGAUAAGAAUCGCGUGGUCCGCUACUGGGGCCGCAUCGACGAUCAAUUCGGAAUCGGGUUCCAGAAACCGGAAGCCGAUCGUGAAGACUUGCACGUCGCCCUUGAAGAAAUCCUGGCCGGCAAAGAAGUGAGCAAGCCCACCACCGAAGUACAGGGUUGCCUCAUUGGCCGUGUGCUGAGGCCCGACCCGAACGGCGAGGUUACUUACUCGGAGCAUGUGGCCCAUGUGCUGAAAGCCCGCUGCGCCGAAUGCCAUCACGAGGGGCAGAUCGCCCCUUUUAGUUUGACGAACUACGAAGACGCCCUCGGUUGGGCGGAGAUGAUCCAAGAGGUCGUUCACGAUCGCCGCAUGCCGCCUUGGUUCGCGAGCCCCGAGCAUGGCAGCUUCCAGAAUAACCCCACCAUGAGCGACGAGGAGAUUCAAUUAAUCGACGAGUGGAUCGCUGGCGGUUGCCCCGAGGGUGAUCCAGCAGCGUUGCCUGGCCCUCUGCAAGUUGCCGAAGGUUGGGGCAUCCCCGAGCCUGAUGAAAUCUUCUACAUGAGCGAGGAACCGUUCACCGUGCCGGCCGAUGGGGCGGUGGCUUACCAGUACUAUCGAGUAUCGCCUGGCAAUACCGAAGAUCGCUGGAUCAAGUUCGCCGAGGUCAAAGCAGGCAACCCGGCCGUGGUGCAUCACGUGAUCGUGUUCAUCCAGUCACCCGGCGGCGGGCGCUUUGGCAACCCGCAAAUGGCCUACGCCCCCGGGAUGACACCCCGCCGUUUCGGUGAGGAUAUGGCGAUCAAAUUACCGGCCGGGGCAGAGCUUGUAUUCCAAGUACAUUACACCCCCAACGGUACAGAGCAGACCGAUCGCAGCUAUGUGGGUGUCGUCUAUGCCGACCCUGAGGAUGUGAAAUACGAAGUGGUGGGCGGAUCGUGCGGCACGAUGGCGCUGAGGAUUCCGCCGAAUGACCCCGCGUAUGAAAUCACCUCCCAGCAGCGGUUCCGCCGCGAUACGCUGCUGUUGGGAAUGAACCCACACAUGCAUCUGCGAGGUAAGUCGUUCCGUUACGAGUUGGAGCACGCCGACGGGACGAGAGAAGUCUUGCUCGACGUUCCGCGUUACGACUUCAACUGGCAGCUGUGGUAUAACCUCGAAGAGCCCAAGGUGAUGCCCAAGGGCAGCCGCCUGGUUUGCACCGCCCAGUUCGACAACUCGGAAGACAAUCUCGCUAACCCCGACCCAUCUCAGGUAGUCACCUGGGGUGAACAAACCUGGGACGAAAUGAUGUUCGGCUUCUACUCGUACAUCGUUCCCGUCGAGGACUCUGAAUAG